AUGCUCAGGAAUCCUGGUCCUGAGUGCAGGUUUUAUUUCCUCCUAGCAGACGGCUGGGUAAUCCCCGUAAAGCUGCUGUUGUGCCAAUCCUUGGGCCCUUUCUGGUGCAAGAGUUUGCGUUUCGGGUUAAUAAUUAAUUUGAAUCUGCCAGUAAAUUAUUUUACAAACACACGUUUUAUAACACAAAACAACAUAAACACAGAUACAUCAAGGGAAACAUUGGCAAAAUUAAGAAUUUGCAUCUUACAUUUUUCUGAAGAUAUGAUAAAGCCUUAUGGACAGAAACGCUAUCUUAGAGACCAUGCAAUACCAAUGUUGCAUAUACCAAAUACUGCAGCAGAUGGUGCCAGUACCAGUUCUACUGAGAUUGGUACUGUCGCUGUAGUUGAAUCUUCAGAAAAUGCUGGAGGCAAUUCUAAUUUUCCAACAACAUGUGGAACGGAACACCAAAUAACUAUCACCACAGUUCCUGCGGUAGAUGUUGCUAAUCUACGAAGAAAAAUACGACGUCAGAAGAAGUUGCUUUACAAAAGGAAGAACAUUAUUAAUUUACAUCGACAGCAGAAGAAGAAAAAGAAAAAGACUCAUCGCAGUGAUACAUGGGAAGAAGCCACAACGGAUUUGCCGCAGACCCAAAAAUUAGUUUUAGAUAUGAUGUACCGGAAUUUUCAUCAUGCGUCACAGGUAUUUACACAAGUAUUAUGUAUGCUAAUGAUAUAUGAAAAGGAAUAUAGUUUUAUAUAUUCCUUUUUAUAAUAUAUAUUUUAUGUACAUAUAUAUUCUUUAAAAUCUUCAAAUAACUUUUUUUAACACUGGAUUUACGCAACUCGUCAAUUUGACGGAUUGAGUGUUUAUGGUUAAAAAUACAGAAAUGACAAAGAUUAUUUUUUAUCAAUGAGAAACCGAAAAUUGAAAGCCGAAAGGUAAACACCAAAAACCGAAGUUUUUCGGAAUGUAUCCAUCAAUAUGACAGAUUUUAGUAAAACUAGGUAUUCAAGCAAUGUCCGUAAAUCUGGUGUUAAUAUGAAUGAAUAUAUAUUUACAUUCAAAGAUGUUCAUGUGUUUUUUUACUCAUUUAAACGUUAUUUACAACAUGGCCAAUUAAAUGUUAUAUCCUAUUUUAUCAUAUUUAAUGCAUUGUGAAAAGAAAUAUAGGGAGUUUAAGUUACAGACUUGGGUAACUUAAUUUUUUCUUUAACAAAGUUAAGUUUAAAGUUAAUGAUCAAGAAAUUAUCUAAGUUUACGUUAAAAGUUACUUGAACCAAACUCUACUGAAUUACACUUAAGUUACAAAAUUAAAUUAGUUUAUUAAAUUUAACAAUUAGUGAACAUAUAUUUUUUUGACGCAUUGCGACUAACCAAUUUUCACAUGACUUUA